UGGGGGAACUCAAAGCGGGAAAACCACAUAGAAAUAGAAAUAGAAAUUGACUUCAAGCAAAUUUCUGGCGAAACUGAAGCGAUUUUUACUAAAUUGUAUGAUGUUGACUUACCAGCCUACUCAGAACUCAUUAAAAACCGAAUAGCGGUCGCAAAAUUUGCAAAUCUUGUGAGUUCUAAUAACUCCUUGGACACGUACAAAAAGAAUAUCGUCGAUGAUCUUCUUCGACUUAACAGUCAUCUCAAUCAAUUCUCAAGAGACCUUGAAUUCGUUUAUGAAGAAGGAAACAUCUUCUUCUUGAUGUUUGAAAAAUACGUCUCUGAAUGGAAAGAAUUGGCAAUAAAGAAAAAGUAUUCCCCCGAAUCUUUUGAACUGAUGAGAAAUCAGUCUAGCGAUUUUUCCAUGAGUCUCUUCAAAACAACAAAGACAAUGGAAGCUAUCAAAAAAUUUACACCUAACAAUAAUAACGAGAUGGUUCUUUCUCAAUGGAUAAAUUAUUUGGAUAUUAGUUUAGGGUGUGACGCUUCGAUUAUUGAGAAAUGCAAGUCUGAGCUUUCUCGAAUUGAAAAAAUCGUAGCGUUUCUCAGAAACAGUCAACUUAAGUUGGUUGAGAGUUUACAUUAUGUUUCGACAUAUUCGGAGUAUUUGGGUACUAUUAUAAAUCUUCUAACGAAAGAAAAAGUGAAAUUAAUACAUGUAUCAAGUGUUCAAACCACAAAGAAUCUGGAAUCUGCAGUUAGUAGAAUUAAAACUGGCUAUACUAAAUUUUUGUCGGAUCAAGAUGUCGCCCCAAAACUCUCUAGACCAAAUGACAAUAAUGACGACUCAGACACUACAGAAAACGUUGGGCACAAGAUCUACAAGAGUAAACUUAUUGGAGAAGUCGGGUGUCAGGAAUUCGUGACUAACUUUGAUAGUCAUCCAGUUUUCCAAGGCGCACGCACGACAAAACAUUCACCAUACUUACGAAGCAUUAAGAUCAACAUUGAUACGUAUAUCAAUUCGCUCACCUUUGAAUGGUCCGACAACAUAUCAUUUAAAUAUGGUGGGAACGGUGGUAAAUUACAUGAAUUUGGUCUGGAUGAGGAUGAAGUAGUGUCGUGGGCCAAUGUUUACACGCUUGAUGGCAAGAUUUGUGGCCUUGAAUUUCGUACCAACAAAUGGAAAGUUACAGGUAUUUUAUGCAAUUCCCCAAUUCCAAAAAAGCCCAUAACUCUUCAGGCGCCACGUGGAUAUGAGGUCGUCGGUCUCUAUGGCGGUUUUGAUAAAUAUAUAUGCGGGAUUGGUAUUCUUUAUUCGAGGAUUGAGAUGGAGCUUAUCUAG